AUGGGCAAUUCUCCAGAGCAUGUACAUCAGGUCUGCGGAGCAACGCGGGAUGAGAUUGAGCUGAGCGGUGACGGUUUUGUGUUAUUCAAUCAAUUGAUUGAUACGAUGGCGCCUGCAAGGAAAAACCCAGGGGCAAAAAAAUGCCUCACGAUCUACGCCCAAGCUCCGGGUAAAAAGCGCGGCGCACGCCGGACAUCGGGGCGGACAACCAUCAAGCAGCGAUGUGGCAGGCGGGCGAUCGGCCCCGGUGGGGACCGCGAUGAUUUCUUCGUGCGGUCCACACCGGUGAGUUUGAUUCAGACGAGUGGUGGAAUUAAAUGGGGGGAGGUUCCCCAUCCCACUAGCUACUGUAAGGCACACAGCGGCUCUGCCAAGUCGACCAACAAUGCCCGCCGAGAGAAUGGCCGUGGGAUGCAGUGGAUAACACCGCCUGGGCAUGCAUCAUAA